AGAGACAGACAGACAGACAGACAGACAGACGUGGGGUCAGGGUGGGUUUGGUUCAGCCAGGGAGGUGAGGGCAGCACUACUGCAGAGGAGACGUUUGAGGUAAGACUUGAAGGACAAGAAUGAAGCAGCCAUGCAGUGGUUUUGGGACAGGUUUUCUGGGCAGAGCGUACAGCAAGUGCAAAGGCCCUGAGAUGGGGGAAGCUGGGGGGUGUUGGGAGGCAGGGAGAGGCCAGGGUCGGGGGGAUGGAGGAUGCGGGAGAGAGCGAGUAAAGAGGCUGGAGAGCAGACAAGGCCUCUUGGUCACCCGGGACCUCCGUGGCCUGCUCAGUCACACAGCUAGUUGGCAGCAGCGAUAUUGGGCAAAUUCAGUUCCGCUGGGGACCCGCUCUGCUUGAGAAGCUUCUGAGCCAAGUGAGGGCACUGACCGGGUGUGUGGACGUAGGAGUCUGGAUCUCUGGGACACGGUCCAAGCUGGAGGGAUGGAUUUGGGAGCUGGCAGCAUGCCGGUGGUUUCAAGAUGACAGACGAGUCUGGGUGAGGACAGCCCCGGAGACAGUGUGGGUGGAGUGCGGAGCAGGGCCUCGGGCUGAGUCCUGGGGCCCUCCACCCCCGGAGGUUGGUAGGUGACAGGGAGCAGCAGAAGGGACUCAGAACGAGUGGUCGGGGGGCAGAGGGAUAACCAGGCCAGUGUGUGGCCCAGGAGAUGGGAAAAGGAAGUUUCCAGAAGGACCCAGAGGAAGUGGAGUGGUCGGCUUCACCAAAGCUGCAGGGGGAUUACAGGGACUUGACUGUUGACUUUGGAUGAUUGAUGUUCUCAAAAGAGCAGAUUGAGCGGCCUGGUGGGUCAGCCCCGUGGGCACCAGCUGGGGAGGGCCAGACGUGAGACAGCGGGUUCCCGUAGCAAGAGCCAGGAAAUGGGCUGACGCCAGGUGGACGUCUCCAGGUGGUCACAGGAAGUUGUUUUUUUAUUUUUCCCAUUGAGGUGAAGUGCACUUAACAUAAAAAGAACCAUUUCAAAGUGAGCAAUUGGACAGCAUUUAAUACAGUCACAAUUCUGUACAACCACCACAUCUGUCUAAAUCCAAAACCAUUUUCACCCCCACAAAGCAACCUUCUCACCCAUAAAAUAGCCCCCUCCAUCACCAUCUCCCCCAGCCCCUGGCAAACACUGCUCUGCGUUCUGCCUCCACCAAUUUCCUCUUUUGGACAUUUUACUAAAAUGGAAUCACUCAACAUGUGAUCAUUCAGAUCUAGCCUCUUCUCACUUAGCAUAAGGGUUUUAAGAUCCUUCCACAUUGCAUCACGUAUCAGAAGUUGCAUUCCAUUGUACGGAGAGACCACUUUGUUUAUCCAUUCAUCAGCGGAUGGACAUUUGGGCUGUUUCCACCUUUCGGCUAUUAUGAAUAGCAGUGCUAUGAGCAUUCGUGUAUAAGUUUUUUGUUUGAACACCUGUUUUCAAUUCUCUUGGUUCUAUACCUGGGAGUGGAGUUGCCGUGUCAUACAUUUAUUUUUUGAGAAGCUAUCAAAUGAUUUCCCACAGUGGCCAAACCAGUUUACAUCCCCACUAGCAGCGUAGGAGAGCUCUAAUUUCUCCACAUCCUUGCCAACACUUAGUUUUGUUUUUGUUUUCUUAAUUGUAAUAUUAAGACUUUUUUUUAUGUAGCCAGGGGUGGCCUAAGAGAGAAGGAGAAAUUGGUGAUGCUCCAGAGAAAUGGGAUCUUUGGUGGAAGGGAAUCCAGGAGAAGCUGAAAAAGACUUUCCCAUGAGACCCACAAAUGGGAGCUCCUCCCAAGUGAGAAGUCGUCUGGAUGCCAGACUACAAAAAGAACAAAGAGAAAUGUGUCUGACAUCAAGCCCCAGGCUCACUCAGAUGGACUGGACAGUGGACGGGGGUCAGUGCGGACAGAGGGGGUGCUCUUGCUUUAAGCCUCAGUUCUCCUGCAUCAGCUGCGGUGCUUUGGGCAAGUAGGGUGACCUCUGAACGCCCAGGAUGCUAGCUGUGGAGUGGAAAUAAUGAGAUCGCAGUGGCUGCUCUUGGGGUUUGAUGGGGCUGUACAGAACCAGUGCCUGGCACACAGUAGCUGCUUACUUAAAGUAAGUCCCUUCCUGUGGCUCAUCCUUCUGAUUAGGCUGAAAUACCCGAUAGGAGUACAGGCUUACCCUUCUUUGCCACCUUCUCAGUAUCCAGCACUGUGCUGGCCACGCAGUAGGUGCUCCGUCAACAUCUAUAAAGGAAUAAGUCAAGGAACAAGACAAAAACAUCAUGAUCGAUAAAGAGAUUUCCGAACAAGAGCAGCAACGGCGAAUGUUUACCAGACUCCGCUACACAGGAGGCAACUGCAAACGUAUACACCCAGGAGCGGCGGGUGGGAAGAUAAACUGGCUUGGCCACUGUGGAAGAUAGUUUGGUGUUUCUCAAACAAAUAAACAGAGAAUUACCACUUGACACAGCAGUUCCCGCCCUAGGUAAGCACCCAUACGUCUCAUUCGGUCUGCACGUGACCCUGUGAUGAGUUCUCCCUUAUCCCCACUUGGCAGAGGGGCAGCUUGUCCCAUGAAACGUGCUGGGGCAGCUGGGAUUUGAGAUCUGACAUCAAAUCCCGGGCUCUGAGUCACCAUCUUACACAGUCUAUGUGGAGGCUGCUAAACCAAUGGUUGAAUAGUCCUGGCACCCAGGAAUGAUUUAUUGCAGCAAAAGAGACAUCACGGCAGAGAUUGGGUGACUGCCUGGGGAAAGGAGGCGGUGGGCACCAGCUAGAUACUUGUGGAAGAUUUGAAAAGCCUGGGAAAGCAAUCCCGUGGCUCAGAGACAGACUUUGUCCUGGUGUGUCUAUGUCCAAAAGCACAGCUGAAGCCACCCCAGGCACAGAAAUGUCAUCUUUCUAGCAGGUGGGCUGUGCUGACAUCGGAGGUCAGUUGAUAAAGACACUGGAGAGAUGUCUUCCAGAAAUCAAGUGAUUUCCUUCCACUCUCGGGCCACCUUUGUCAGCGCUAGGGCACGGGGAACGGGAUCAGCCCUGAGAAGGUGGCCCGCUCACUCUUAAUCGACGCCAAGGGAAUUGGAUGGGCUUUUGCAGGCUCCAGCGCCGUCUCUCAGGGCCCGAGUAGUGCCCGUGCCAGGCACAGCGUCCCUUUCCCAAGGUGGGUGGGACUCCUGGGCACCUAUCUCUCUGUCCUUCACCCCAGAACCACGCCUCCCUUCCCACCCCUCACCUCCCUCUGUAACUGCUCAAAAGGAGGCUCUUGGUGAUGCUGACUGAGCUGGGAUCUCGUGUCAGCUACCCAGCAAUGCUCUCGGCCCCGCCCCUCUUUCCCUCACAUUCCUCUGCCACUCCAGCCCUCUGUGUAUCCCAGAGUCCUGAAAAACAGAAGGAUCAGCACAUGAGCAUCACUUCGGGACUGGAGAGAGCUCAGGAGGACAACAUGGCAUGCAUAAAGUAACAGCAGUGGCUGAUACCACGUGGGGAGCAUUUCCCAAAGGACAGCUCUCGUGGACUUCCCCACUGCUGAUUUCACUCCUGUGUCAGCAAAGCAGCAAGAGUUACCCCCUCAUCUUGCUCCUCUGGGCUUCAGACUCGAUCAGCCUGCAUUCAUUUGUGUUUUGCUUUACAACGAUCGUGUGUCAUUUCACCCGACCGCCAUCAUAGCUGCCAGGGGCAGUUAGUCCUACACAGUUGUCGAGAAGGGAGCCGACGCCCGGGAAGCCCGGGGCGGUCAGCAGUGGCCUCGCCAGGGCACUCCUGCCUUCAGCUCACAGUCCAGAACUUGCUGACCUGCCACUGGGCAUGUUUUUACUAAGCUGAGCUGGACAUCAAUAGCUCGAUGUUAAUCAUUUAUCACUGGUCAAAACUGGCAGCACAGAAUAUUUGCAGAAAACAGUUGGGUGUCAUUUGAUCAUUAACGCGGCUUUCUUUCACAAUUUCACAGGCUUGGGUCUGAUUGUAAGGGGAGCCGUCCCGUUUGUGAAGCAUCUUCUGCCCGCUCUUUAGACUGGACCAGGCUGGGGGAGGUCCAGGAAACAGGAACAAAAAAAGCCCAGUCCAAAAUCUGAAAACUGACCAUGAAGCUCCGGGAAGAGGACCCAGCAGAUAACAAAGAAAGCGAUUUGGCAACAAAGAAAUUGGAUUGGCCCUGCUUGCUCAUCGUGGCCUCUCUCGUGGGCGCCUUCGGCUCCUCCUUCCUCUGUGGGUACAAUCUCUCCGUGGUCAACGUGCCAACUCCGUACAUCAAGGCCUUUUACAGUGAGCCGUGGGAAAGAGGGCAUGGACAUCCGAUAGACCAGGACAGUCUGACUCUGCUCUGGUCUGUGACUGUGUCCAUAUUCGCCAUCGGUGGACUCAUGGGGACACUAAUGGUGAAGUUGAUUGGAAAAGUUCUUGGGUGUUUGUGCAGAGUGCUGGCAGUGGUACUAUGGCUGCAGUGCUAUUUUUGUCAAUCUCAAAGCAGAGGGAGGUGCCACGACCAGAGUCUUCCCUGGAGGAGCCACCUCUCUCACUGCUGCCACGCUUCCUUCACAGGCAUCGCCCUCAGUGUGCUCCCCAUGCACCUGGAGAUCUCGCCCAGGGAGAUCCGUGGCUCUCUGGGGCAGGCGACUGCCAUCUUCAUCUGCAUUGGCGUGUUGCCUGGGCAGCUGCUGGGCCUCCCUGAGCUGCUGGGAAAGGAGAGCACCUGGCCAUACCUGUUUGGAGUGAUUGCCAUCCCUGCCUUGGUCCAGCUGGUGAGCCUGCCCUUUCUCCCCGAGAGCCCACACUACCUGCUCUUUGAGAAGCAUGACUGGGUGGGAGCUGAGAAAGCUUUCCAGACGGUCCUGGGCCAAAAGGACACCUCCCACGGCAGGGUGGUCCUGGCGGAGAGCCACGUGCAGAGGAGCAUCCGCCUGGCCACGCUGGAGCUGCUCAGGAGUCCCUUCGUCCCCUGGCAGGUCAUCACCGUGGUCACCACCAGGGCCUGCUACCAGCUCCGCUAUCUCGAUGCGGUGAAUUGGUUCUACACCAACAGUAUCUUUGGAAAUGCUGGAAUCCCUCCAGAAAAGAUCCCCUACAUCACCUUGAGCACAGGUGGCAUCGAGAUUUUGGCUGCCAUCUUCUCUGGCUUGGCCAUCGAGCACGUGGGACGGAGACCCCUCCUCAUUGGCGGCUUUGGGCUGAUGACUCUCUUCUUUGGGAUCCUCACCAUCACACUGAUGCUGCAGGACCACGCUCCCUAGAUCCCCUACCUGAGUAUCGUGUGCGUUCUGGCCAUCAUCGCCUCCUUCUGCAGCGGGCCAGGUGGCAUCCCCUUCACUACCGGUGAGCUUUUCCAGCAAUCACAGUGGCCGGCUGCCUUCACCGCAGCAGGAACCACCAGCUGGCUCUCCAGCUUCGCUCUGGGGCUCCUCUUCCCGUUCGUUCAGAGGAGUCUGCACACCUACUCCGUGGUCUUUGCUGCAAUCUGCUUCAUAGGUGCUGCUGGUUUAUAUUUUGUCCUGACUGAGACCAAAAACAGAACCCAUGCAGAAAUCAGCCAGGCAUUUGCCAAAAGGAACAAGGCGUACGAACCAGAAGAGAAAACGGAUUCAGCUAUAACUGAUGAUAAAAUGAACAGAAAGCCUGAACCAGACUCCUCCUCCACGCUGGAGAAUUGUGUCCAAAGCAGCAUCACUGUCAUCAUUAUCAUCAUCACCACCACCAUCAACUUCACUGUCACGUGUGGCAUCACUCUCAUCAUGACCGCCACCAUCAUCAACAUCACUAUCACCAUUAUUAUUAAUCCCCAUCCUCUGGAAGAUGGCAGCUGA